GGGAUCUCCAAAUACCUCUCAACCUAGAACCACCCUCCCAACACCGAAACCAUAACUCAACUCUACCUCUCCAACCCAAUCGAAUCGGACCAUUUCCCCCUCAAGUCAGCCGUCCCAAUUGAACCCUGCAAAUCCGGGCAAGACAGAAAUCCCACCGACACCCUCAAACCACCACCCUCACCACCCUCACUCCCAAAAACCCCCAAAUCUAAACAACCACAAUGGCCGGAGGUGCAGCCAAAUACCGUCACCUGAGCCGCAAGUCCUCACACCGACAAGCCCUCCUCCGCAACCUGGUCACCUCCCUCUUCACGCACGAGUCCAUCACGACCACCUGGGCCAAGGCCAAGGAAGCCCAACGCCUCGCCGAGAAGCUGAUCACCCUGGGCAAGAAGAACACCGAGGCUAGUCGCAAAAGCGCUCUGGCAACUUUCUACACCCCCCACGAACUCCUCCCCAAACUCUUCGGCGAUCUCCGUCUCCGCUACGCCGACCGCCCCGGGGGCUACACGCGGGUGCUGCGCGUGGAACCCAAGAAGGAUGAUAAGGCGGAGAGUGCCAUCCUGGAGCUCGUGGACGGGCCCAAGGAUAUGCGGUUUGCGCUGACGGCGCGCACGAUCGCGCGACAGCGCGCCCAGGGCUUCGACACGCUCAACCAGCUCACUGCGCAGAAUGUGCGCAAGGUGACGCGGUUCCGGAAGGAUGGGGUGGAGGCCCUGGAAGCGGCGGUGCAGAAGUUGAAGGUCAGUGGGCAGGGGGCCGAGAAGGAGAAGCUGUCGACGACGACGACGUCGACAACAACGACGACGGAUUCGGAUUAUACAGACACCCCCACCAUGAAGACGUCGAAGCGUCAGGCUUUGCGCGGUUGAAAGCAGUGGAUUUGGACUACAUGAAGGAAGGAAGAGACAAAGAGAGCGCUGGCAGAAAGUCCAUCCUCGCUCUCGUGCGCGCGUGUGUGUGUGUGUGGUUAUAGAGUCUAUUGGCAGCGACGCUGGUUUGCCUUUUUCUGGUUGUUAUGGUUCUCUUGCCAUUUUUUUUCGAUGAUUUUAUCCUGUAACUUAUAUCAUUUCGUAUCGUAUUUCUCCAUGCUGCUUUUCUAUCAACUAUAAGUCGAAUGGAGGCUGGCCAUGACUGUACUUCUAGCUGAUGAGG